AUGAGUCCUAGAGGCCUGCGUGCACGUUUCCGGCACAAGCAGAGCGAGCCGAGCUCUAGCGUCGAGUUAGGUGCCUCUUCUGCCAAUGCUUACUUCACGGCCAAACGGCUCCGUCAGCGCGUGCCUCGCAAGGCCAAGCCAGCGCCUCGAAUUGAACGAGUGGCUGUGGUGACGAGGACUCUGUCGGACGGCCAAAGCCACCAAAUCGAUCCCGAAACAGGCAGAAGAAAGUUGAGCCCGCAGGAAGAACUUAAGGGGCACAUCAGAGCUCUGCAAUUGCCAUUGCAGGACGAAGUGAUCGCCGAGUUACGAGCGACGGACGAGCUCGUGGUGGGCACGACACUGACUCAAUGCUAUGAUCAGGACUUCUUGAUGUGGAAGAGCGAGGUGCUCGCUGGCUAUAACCUGCUCUUCUAUGGAGUCGGUUCGAAACUGUCACUUUUGCAAAAGUUUGCGGCCUCGUAUUUCAGUGACGGCGUCGUCAUGCAGGUACAUGGCUAUUUGCCGGUGGUCUCGCUGAAGUACGUGGUGGAAACGAUUCAGGAAAAGAUAUUGCACAUUGAAGCAAAGCCGAACCAGUCACUUGUUCGACAGUGUCAAGACAUUGCUUUGAUGAAAUCAUCAUCAUCGCAGCAUGUGCUUCAAUUGUAUCUGAUAGUACACUCGAUAGACGGUCCGGCAUUACGCAACCCAGAAGCUCAGACAUGCUUAAGUUGGCUCGCGAAAGCACCAAGUAUCGCUCUUGUUGCUUCAAUGGACCAUAUCAACGGCCCUUCAAUUUGGAAAGAGGAGGACUUUGACCGAUUCGAGUGGCUAAGCCAAAAUCUUGACACGUGCGAGCCGUACACGGACGAGAUCGAACUGAGGCUGACCAAACGAUCAAAGACAGCGGAUGCAACAAGCAAUGGAGUCAAGUAUAUCCUACAAAGUCUCACGCCAACAGAUGUAGCCACACUGGAGGAACUUGCGCGCCAGCAGCUCGCAGCAGCAGAUCCGUCUAAAAAGGAGUAG